GUGGUGGGAAGACCUGUCGGCUCGAGACCUGGAUCUGCCGGACUGGACAUGACUCCUCGGAACCGUCUUCACAUGUGAUGCUGGUGUUUGUGACAGCGGCGCUCUGAUCUUCACUCAUUCAAGGAAAGCUUCACAAAACAAACGAAAAUGUCAUCGUCACUUUCGCCCACAUACAGCGACAGCAGCAGCUCUUCCAAACAGGAGAGCAACAGGGACAGCUGGGAGAUUGUGGAGGGCCUGAAGGGAAUUCCUGCCAGCAUACAGGAACCUGAGAGGCAGGAGGGGUUCCUGCUGAAGAAGAGGAAGUGGCCCAUGAAGGGUUGGCACAAGAGAUUCUUUGUGUUGGAUAAGGGGAUCCUGAAGUAUGCAAAGUGUGGUGCUGAUCUGAAGAAGGGAAAGCUUCACGGCUGCAUCGAUGUUGGUCUGUCUGUGAUGUCAAUAAAGAAGAAGGCCAUGUGCAUCGACCUGGACACGGAGGACAACAUCUAUCACCUAAAGGUGAAGUCUCCCGAGCUGUUUGAGGAGUGGGUGUCGAAGCUGCGUCACCACCGUCUGUUCCGACAGAAUGAGAUUGCCAUGUAUCCCCACGAGAAGCACCUCUUCCCCCCACACGCCGCCUCCUCCCCGUUCCUCAACGAGUCCUUCAGUAGAAGGGCGACCCUGACCAAGCAGGCGUCGAUCCACCAAGCUAAAGUCAGCACCUGGCUGCACUCUUCAGAGGAAAUGGACAAGUGCAACAAAGACUUGGUGGAGUGUGAAUCUUAUCUGCUGGAACUGAAUCUUCUACUGAGGAGCAUGGAGGAUCUGCAUCGCACAUACUCAGCUCCAGCUAUCGGUGCACUUCAAGGACCUGUAUACGACAUUCCGAAAAAGGGAAAGAGGCCGAGGAAGUGGCGUAACAGGAACAGCAAAGAGUCAAAAGAAAAACUGCAGGUUCCCGUGUCAUCCAACGUGAUCCGCCAUCAUGUCUCCAACCCAAAUCUCUCCACCACUGACCCCAACGCUCCUGAGGGCUGCUCCGACUCUCCAGACUCACCCACUGAUGGGUCUCGUCUGCAGGAGGACUUCUUCAGACUCGCUACCAACAUUCACGCCACCCUGAAGUCGGCCUACAGCGCCCUCUCUGCUGAGAAAGAGCGACUCAGACAGACAGUGGACAUGCAGCCCCCACAGGCUGCUCAGGUCCUGGGCCUGAAGACUGCCUACGCCUCGGAGUGUGGAGGCUCUCCAGUCCUCGUCCAUCAGUCAUCCAACGAGAGCAAACUGUCCAUGCAGGAUUCCAUGUCGGAGUUCUUCGACGCUCAGGAGUAUCUCCUGUCCUCGUCCUCUUCAGAGAAUGAGGUGUCUGAUGACGACUCGUACAUCAGCGAUGACAGCGCGUCCGUGGAUACGUACAGCAACGAGGAGGACCGGCCCUCCACAGAUGAGGUGGAUGCCGCUCUGAUGCGUCGGCGCUCCACGCUGCCCUCUCCCAGCCCCACCAGCAACGUCAGCCUCUGGAACAUACUGAGGAACAACAUCGGCAAAGACCUGUCCAAGGUGGCCAUGCCUGUCCAGCUCAAUGAGCCGCUCAACACCCUACAGAGGCUGUGCGAGGAGCUGGAGUACAGUGAGCUGCUGGACACGGCCAACCGGACUCAGGACCCUUAUCAGCGCAUGGCUUACGUUGCCACGUUUGCCAUAUCAGCGUACGCGUCCACCUUCUAUCGAGCUGGAAGCAAACCCUUCAACCCGCUCCUGGGAGAGACGUACGAGUGUGACAGACCCGACAAGGGAUUCAAGUUCAUUGCUGAGCAGGUGAGUCAUCAUCCCCCGGUGUCAGCGUGUCACUCUGACUCCAAGAACUUCACCUUUUGGCAAGAUGUGCGGUGGAAAAACAAAUUCUGGGGGAAAUCGAUGGAGAUCGUUCCCAUGGGAACCACUCAUGUGACACUUCCUGCAUUUGGGGACCACUAUGAGUGGAACAAAGUGACGUCCUGCAUCCACAACAUCCUCAGCGGUCAGCGCUGGAUCGAGCACUAUGGAGAGAUGACAAUCCGAAAUAAGAACAGUGAAGCCUGUCAGUGCGUCAUCACGUUUGUUAAGGCUAAAUCCUGGAGUGCCACUGUGAACGAGAUCGAGGGCGUAGUCACAGAUGCCACAGGGAAAGUGGUGCACUCUCUCUUUGGAAAAUGGCACGAGUCUGUGUUUCAGGGCGACCCUCCCUCAGCCACAUGUAUCUGGAGGGCAAACCCAAUGCCGAUCGACCACGAGCGUUACUACGGCUUCACCAAGUUUGCUGUGGAGUUAAAUGAACUGGACUCACACUUGAGACCUCUGCUGCCUCCUACUGACACGCGAUUCAGACCAGACCAGAGGCUGCUGGAGGAGGGGGACGCAGACGGCGCAGAGGAGCAGAAGCAGCGGAUUGAGCAGCUUCAGAGGGACAGGAGAAAAGUUCUGCUGGACAAGAACAAGACGCACCAGCCCAGGUUUUUUAAGAAGUCGAAGGACGACAGGUGGGUGAGCAACAACUCGUACUGGGAGCAGCGCAGGGAAGCUGCCUUCAGUCAAGCUGACUUCCCUGACCUCUGGUGACGUGAGCCCCGGCCAAUCGAAGAGGGAAGUGGAACUCAAACUGGACCCUGAUGUAGACAUGAAUGAUGGUCGUGUUGGUGUCAAGAUAACAUUUGGACUUCUGCAUUUUAAAGCACAGAUUACCCUCCUCACUUCUUCUUUAGAUUUGUAUUUAACGCUACCAUUUUAUCUCUUUCCUUCACCUCUGAAGGAACUAAAGACUGUAAAUAUCAUAUCUGGCGUUCGCCAAAGUGCCUUUUAGGAAACUAACGUAAUCCAUUCCACUGCGACAAAUAUUUAUGAAAUUGUGGUUGGAUCAGAGUUGUACAAACAGCUCACAAAAGCAACGGAUCAUCCCUCCAGAUUGCCACUCCAUUAAAUUUGCCACAGAAUGGACUGACAGCAUGGCUGGAACCUGUGUGUGAAAGAAACGCAAUAAAUUGAGUUAUGCGACUCCAAGUGUCGAUUUCUAUCCACUAGCUAGAAUGUAUUUUUCUCAAAAGGUUUGGAUCGGUAUUUAAGAUUUACAUGAUAAAGAGUCUGCCAAUGAUGGGUUGAUGAGGCUUCAUGAAACAGUGUCUGAUUGUCUUUCAGAGGCCACCAGAUGGCACUGUCUGCUGUAAAAUGUUUGGCCUUGAACAACUGAUUCACUGAAACCUCACAUCAUUUCGAAACCAAGAGUGCCAUCUAGUGAUGUGACAGUGAGCCUAGACAGUGGUCCCUUCUCUCUCCCGGAGUGACCACUGCUCCAUGUCUGCUGGAGAUGAUAUGGUUUAGUAAAACACCCUGGGGA